AUGGACCCAGGGCUGCCCAGGACCACCGGCCUUGUGCACAUCUGCAAGAAGUUGAACUGGCUAAAGCCACUGGAGGAUCCCUCCAUGGAGACAUCACUAUGGCACUGCCUGUCCACACUGGACCUGAUCUUUCUGGGUGUGGGUGGCAUGGUGGGCUCGGAUCUCUACAUGCUCUCAGGUACCAUGGUCAAGGAGAUGGCUGGCCCUGCUGUGCUGGUGUCCUUUGGCAUGGCUGCUGUGUCAUCCCUGCUGGCUGCUCAAUGCUAUGCAGAGUUUGGGCCACCUGCCCCACAUGGGCUCUGCCUAUGUGUUCAUCUAGAUGAGCUGUGGGCCUUUGGUUGGACCGUGCUCCUUGAGUACCUCAUUAGUGGUGCUGUGGCCCAUGCCUGGAGCCGCUACCUGGACUCCAUGUUCAGUCAUCACAUCUGUAAUUUCACAGAGGCAUCUACCUAUAGCCAUGUGGGCGUCUGGCAGGUGUCCUUCCUAUCCCACUACCCAGACUUCCUGGCUGCUGGCAUCAUCCUUUUGGCCUCCACCUUGGUCUCGUUCCAAGCUUAGAUGUCCUCCUGGCUCAACCACUCCCUCUCUGGUGUUCUGGCCCACCCACACAACUGGAGCCCCGAGGAGGGUGGCUUUGCACCUUUCGGCUUCUUUGGCAUCUUGGCUGGCGUUGCCACCUGCUUCUUUGCCUUCGUGGGCUUUGAUGUCAUUGCGCCUAUAGCCAUUGCCAUCUCGCUGGGCCUAGUGGCUACUGCCUACAUCUUCAUCUCUAUUGUGCUCACCCUUAUGGUACCCUGGCACAGCCUGGACCCUGACUCAAUUCUUGCCAAUGCCUUCUACCGGUGGGCCUACAGCUGGGCAGGCUUCAUCGUGGUGGCUGGUUCCAUCUUCAUCAUGAACACUGUCCUACCCCUCAACCUCUUAUCUGGGCCACAAAUCAUCUAUGCCAUGGCUAUUGAUAGGCUCUUCUCCCAGGCAUUUGCCCACGUGCACCCCCAGACGCAGGUGCCCAUGGUGGGCAUGCUGGUGUUUGGGGUCCUCAUAGCUUUUAUGGCACUGCUGCUGGACCUCAAGGUGCUGGUCCAGUUUCUGUCCUUUGUCACAUUGCUGGUUUAUACCUUUGUGGCCACCACCAUAAUCGAGUUUUGCUUCCAGAAGGCCCUUCAGUCUAGUUCCCUGGGCCAGGGAAGCCCUGGCCCUGUGGUCAAGAAGUACAACUUCUUUCAAGAUCACACCCAGCUGGUGGGCACGAGCUCAGCUCCUGAGCCCCAGCAGUGACAGCCAGCCCUGAAGCCCUACCUGGGCUUCUUGGGUGGGUGCAGCCCUGGAGUUGCCGGCUGGGUGGUAGGUGUCAUGGUGGCCUUGGCCAUCACCCUGGGCUGUGUACUGGUCUUUGAGGACUUGGCUCUGCACCUCCCAUGCUGGGGCCACAUCCUGCUGCACCUACUCAGCACUAUUGUGUUUGUGCCUAGUCUCCUCGUCCUGGGCCACCAGCACCAGAACCAGUAGGACACUUUCCAGACCCCCCUGGUGCCCUUGACUCCAGUCCUGAGCACUCUUCUGAACAUCUGUCUCAUGUGGAGGCUGAACAACCUGACCUGUCUGCAUUUCUUCAUCUGGUCCUGAUCAAUGAGUACUUGUGCAAUCCUUGCAGGACUCAUGGUGUAUUCCGGCUUUUGUAUCUAGUGCAGCAAAGAGAACCAGCAGGAGAUGCAGCAGCCAGCCGCCGCACGCUCCAUAGUGUUCCCCAAUGGCAGCCUGGAGGAGACGGUGCAGGUCAUGCAGCCCCUAAGCCAGGCACUGGCCCAGGAGCCCAGCUUCGUGGGGCAGCCACCAGUCCAUGAGGACAGCUGGAGGCCUACCCACCCUCCCCCACCUUCUCAGGAGGCUGGAGGGCCUGGGAGCCCCCUCUGA